CUUAACCGAUAUAAUAUAUGUAUAUACUAUGUAAAAGCAAAUUAAAUGCUCGUAAUUAAACAUGCAUUCAUUUAGAAAAGUUUCCUUCUAUAGAGAUAUGUUAACACUCAAAAGCAGACUAAUGAAAAUUGAUAGAUUUUUAUAGGUAAAAGGAAGAGAACCUGAACAAUUUGUUUUGUACAUACAUGUGAAGAAUUAAUUUAUACCUAAUGGAGAUAGAAGAAAUUUAUAAUCUUUCAAUCUCUCCACCAAUUUUAUCAAGGUUUGCAGUUCAGUGGUCCCAAGAUAAUCAUAUAUCAAUUGUUACUGAAAAAGGAGUUCAUAUAUUUGAAAUAAUACCUUCUCCGAUGUCUCCUUAUUCAAGCAUCAAAUUUUCUAGAUCUUUCAUUUAUCCACCUCCUAUUUUUCCAACACAAGUUAUAACCAAUAGAAUGGAGACAAAAAUUUGGAACAUGCAACACGAACAGCUUUAUUCAUUUAUGAUGGAAGAAAGUUUAACUCCAAAAAUAUCUAAUGUUAAAGAAAUGGCUCCAAAAAUAGUUGAUUUAGCCUGGUCACCACAGAAUUUAAUACAUCCAAGCAAGUGCCUUCUUGCAAUUUUAACUUCAGCAGGGGCUGCUAUAGUAAUCUACAAAGUUUCUUCAGAGUGGUAUUCUGCGUAUGAUUUACCUUCCAUACGCUAUGAUGCUAUAGAAAAAGAAAUUGAUAUAGGAUUAAUAAAUAACUCACAUUCAUUGAUAACAUUGAAAAAUAAUAUGAAAGCACUACAAGCUUCUUGUUUUGCUUGGAGUGAGCUUUUUAUAAAUUUUGCAUACCUUGCUGUUGCUUAUCAUAAUGGAGAUAUAAUUAUUUACAAACUUCCAAGGAUAUUAAAUUAUAAUGAAAUAUCAGAUCCCCAAAUUGUAGGAACAAUAAAGUUAAAAGAAUAUGUUAAAAUAAAUGCUUUGCAUUGGAUUACUACUAAUGCAGAGGAACAUGUGAUUAUUAUUGCUUAUUCUGAUGGACGUAUUUAUGGUCUGACAGUUGAAAAUCAUAAUGAUAAUCUUGAAAUGAAAUCCAUUGAUAAGUAUUAUGAUUAUAAGGAUCGCAUUCCUCCUAGCGCUAUAGAAAUAUUUCCUCAAAAUGGUCCAAACAUAAAAGUUCUUAUCUCAAAAGGUACUUUUCUACUAUUAUUGUCUUUAUCAGUAGGGGGUAAAUUCAAAUACUUAAAACAUUUACAGUUAAAAGGAUUUAUGAUCUCAGGAGUAACCUGUAUCAGUUCAGAUUUUGCAUUGGUUACAACAGAAAAUGGCUCUAUGUUCGCAAUUGAUACACAGGAGAAUAAUUUGUUAAGAAUACAAGUAAACAACAAAUUACCACAAGCUCGUGUACGGUAUUUAGGUCUUAGUCAUUCUUUAAAUUCUGUAAUAUUUGUGAACUUAACUACACCGAAUACUAUAUACGAUCAUUUAGUAAUCAGGGAACCAAGUAAAAUGUACAUGUUUGAAUUAAAAGGUGAACAGUGGGAUCCAUUAUUAGUUUUAAAGUCACAGAAAUGUGAGAGAUUUGAACGAUUAUGGGAUUGUUUAGAACUGAUUAGAAUGAAAGCAGCGAAAGCAUCAGAACCUGCAACUGUAUUUCCAAAAAUUCCAUCUGAUUUGAAAUCUUUAUCUUUGAAAGAGCUACAAAUGUCAAUGUGGAUAUCAAUAAUGAUGGAAAUUUGUGAAAAGAAGAAAGUGAUUCAAGGAAUAGGUAGUAUUGCUGGAGAAAUAUCAGAAGCACAACCUUUAACUGUUGUUUGCACUGCCUGUAAUUAUCUCGUGCAUUUGGCUAAGAAAUCCACUUUAUCUCAAGAACAACAAAGUUCUAUAAACUUAUUAAGAAAGUAUUUAGAAGUGUAUCUCGCAAAAGAAGAAAACGAAGAAGCAUCUAUACUUUCUAAACGUGUCAGAGAUGUUUUAAUGAAAACAUCACAACUCAAAUCAAAUAGCACUGAAUCCUGCAAUUUGUGCGGUGAAACGAUAAAUGAUUUAUCAUGGAAAGUCAGUAAAUGUCCUCAGGGUCAUAUGUUACCUAGAUGUGCUAUUACUCUUUUGCAAAUAACUACUGCCCAGUAUAGUGUAUGUCCCAUAUGUAGAUUAAUCUUUCAUUCAUCUCUGGAUCAAGAAUUUAAAGAAACAAGAUGUCUUUUUUGUGAUGUACCUGCGCUUCAGGAAAAUCGAAUACUAGAUUCAAAAUAUCAUGUUCCAGGGAAGAAAAGCUUAUCCAAACAAAAUAAUCGUGUGGAAGUAUCAGAGGAUCAAGAAAUGGAAAGAGUAGUGGAAGAAAUCUGAAAUGCUGGUUAACAUUUAACGCAUUGCUGUAAUUCAUUAUGUAAAUUUUGUAUUUUUGUAUUACUCCCUACAUUAUAAAAAAAAUGUAGAUCUGUUAUACUUGAUUUAUA